AUGGCUUCAAUCGACCCUGAAUUUCCCUACUCUCUAACCAUCUCCCUCCCCCUCCCCAACCACCGCCUUGCCUCCUCCGCCCUCCGCGCCCUCCAAGUGGAUGCGGAAUUAUCACCGCUCGUCUGCCGCACCCUCAGACUCGCUAGGCCCGAUCCGUCACCACCACUUCCGGCGGCCCAACUACCCUCUACAGCAAAAGUAGACGGACCAGCUCUGGCUUCGGGCGAUGGCUCUGGCGAGGUGGGCAAUGGUAACGAGCCGUUUACCGUGCUCGAGACCCAAUAUAAAGCCACAACAAACCGGAUGCUAAGGGUGGCUGUCAAUGCGUUUAUGGAAAGCUUGGGGGUGGUCUUAGGGGUCAUGGAAGAGUUGGACGUGGAUGUACUGGCCACAGAAUCGAAGAAAUAA